CCCGUCUCUAUCCUGUCAAGUUCAAAAGACCUCGGUAUCACCCGCUCUCUUUAUCCCAUUCGUACUCUCUCAACCACAACUCUCUUCAUCCUAGUCUCUCAUUGCUGCAAUGUCUGAACGUCAGCAGCGUAUACAAGCAAAGAUCGACGAGGCACAGCAGGCCCGUCGAGCCGCCAACCCCGACGAAGACGCAGAACCAGAGGACCUCCCUCCUCCUGCAUACUCCCUCGAGCCAUCCGCCUCCUCCUCUGCGUCAUCCCAGCCUCAAGCCAGCGGACCGAGCGCUCCCUCAGCGCUCAUCCCAGUCGUAGCCGAUGAUCCCCUCGCCCACAGCCCUCCUGGGCCCGCGUCGAGCUCGAGUCUCCCGCUCGCCCCGUCCACCGCCACUCAGCACAGCACAGCGCCCCCCGCAGCAAGCGGAAGCUCAGUUAGCCGCAGUCCCUCUGUCCAAGCGCCCCAUCCGCAGGUCGUGCUCGCGCCACCCGGCGAAGAGCCUUCCGGGCUGUCCAUGCGCGACCAGAAGAUCAUGUCCGACAUCAUGCCUGAUGAACCCCAGGAAGAACCCCACCCUCGCUACGAGGAGCAUGCAGGCCCGAGUCAGUUCACACCUCCGCAAGGCCCAUACGCGCCGCCGCCCCAGCAGUACGCCCAGAGCCCCUACGCGUCUCCCCCAGCUCCCCACGCGCAGUACAGCCCGUACGGCCAGCACCAAGGUCCUUCACCUCCAGGCCCAUCUCAGUACGCCCCACCAUACGCCGACGCCAAGGCCUACGCGGGCUCGCUACCGCCACCGGGCGCUCCAGGCGCACAGCAAUGGGACUUUGGACAGUACACCGACAAGUCCGGCUCUAGCAGCCACGGCAAAGAGCCCCAGCACGACCUCUACCGCCCCACCUCCCAAUCGCCCUACGCGCCCGCCCCGGAUGGCCAGGGUCAACCGUACGGGUACGCCCCCGACAAGGCCCCUUACGCACCACACGGGCACGGCCACAGCCAGGGCCACCUUCAACCCAGCAUGGACCAGCAGUACCCGGGCUACCACUUCCCCCCUUCCUCUUCCUCAUUUUCUCCCGGCCCCAACCCCAACCCCGGCUUCAGCCCAGCCCCGGGCCCCUCAGGCUCAGAAAGAUGGGACCCGCGCCCGCUCCCGCAAGGCUCCUCCCGCGGCUCGAUCGCCAGCUCGUCCCAGGGCCCGCCGCCGUCGUGGAACCGCCUUCCCGCGCGCGACGACGCGGUCACGUACGCGCCGUUUCCGCCGCUCGCGCUGCUCAGCCAGAGCUCGCAUCUGAGCAAGGGCUUCCCCGAGGCGCCGCCGCCGGCGGGGUAUGCGCCGCAUCCGUUCGCGACGCAUGAUGUGCAGGGGGAGGAUUGGGCGCGAUUCCUCGCCGACAUCAAGAAAACCGCGAGCGCCGUCGGGGACACGUACAACAGGAGCGUCGCCCCCUUUCUGCGACACCAGAUCGUCCUCGGCCCGCUCAUCGGGCUCGCGAUGGACGGCGCCAAGGCAGCGGUCAAGGCCGCGUCCAAGAGCCCGUCGGCCGGUGUGGUGGUGGAUGACUGGAACACUUUCUUCUUCAACCCCCGCCGGAUCAACGUCUCCCUCGUGCAGGGCGAAAAGCGCCUCUCGGGGCUGGGAUACAACGAUCCGGCGCUCACGCGCGUGCCCUCAGCGUCCUCCUCGCAGUCGUCAUCGUCGCGCGGGAACGCCGAUCUGGGGCGGUACUUGAGUAAAAGGGAGUCGAAGCGCGCGGCGCGGGAGCAGGAGAAGGCGGAGACGCCGUUUAGGUUGGUUGUUGAGCCGUUUUGAGGGGUGGUGUGGUGUGGUUUGUUUGAUGGUUGUUGUACGUUGCUUCGAUGUGUUCGUCUAGUAUCUAUCAUACAAGCAGGUUAUUUCUUGGCGCUCGUUUAUCAUAUCAGAUCUACGUGUGCUAUUCACCG